AUGCAGGACCGGGCCCGUGUGACAUGCACUGCCAAAGGCCAUGCUGACUGUUUGGGAGCACUACUUGUCUUCCAUGAGGACAACGGGCGUUUGGCAGGGAGCUAUUGGCAAGCGCAGUGCGAGAAGCGCGAUGACAGCAUCAGGUUCCUUUCACUGAAGUUGCAAGAGUACACAGUGCCUUCUUCCGAGUAUCGGUCCAGACGGCCACAUGCAGGCUCUGUGAUGGCUUCUAUUUCUGAGGAGUCUUCGCCAGUGCCAUCGAACUCGACGAAUGGUGCAUCUUCUUCCGAGAGACCAGGUGUCAAUCCAACCGCUCUCAAAGCUGCAGAGCGCGCAUUUCAGGCCUUGAGUGAUCGCCAUGCCUCUCUGUGUGAAGCGGUGCAAACUGCGGAGGAGAAUGCCCUUGAAACGGAGCAAAACAUUCAGGCAAAGUCUUGGAGUCUUGGAGUCUUGGAGUCUUGGAGUCUUGCAGCAUUGGCAUUGCAGCAGCAUGGCUGGUCGCAAUUCAUUCAAACGCAAAACAGGCCUGCGAACUUCGGUCUGCCGACCUGGACACUCUCCAUGUAUUUACUCUGUUGCAGGGCCAGCCUACUGACGAGAUACUACCUCUUGACGCCAGGGGCCCAAUGCCAGCUAGACUGA